AACCCUAUUGCUAGUAUAUUUAGUAGUUGCCCUGAACAAUUUCUAUUUCCUGAUUCUGAAAAUUCCACCGUGAUGGCUGUGACCAAGUCGCUCAUCGCCGCGUUGAUCGCUCUCUUCUUCGUAUCAUCUGCUCUAGCCACCGCCGACGUUCCCUUCAUCGUCGUUCACAAGAAGGCCUCCCUCAACCGUCUCAAAUCCGGAUCCGAGCGCGUCUCCGUCUCCAUUGAUAUCUACAACCAAGGAUCUUCGACUGUAUAUGAUGUGAGUCUCUCCGACGAUAGCUGGCCACAAGACACUUUUGAUAUUGUUAAUGGCAAUACUUCAAAGUCAUGGGAAAGGCUUGAUGCAGGUGGUCUUCUGUCUCACUCUUUUGAGCUGGAGGCCAAAAGCAAAGGGAUGUUUUAUGGUGUGCCAGCAGUUGUAACUUUCCGUAUUCCCACUAAGGCUGCACUUCAGGAGGCCUAUUCAACUCCAAUAUUACCUUUGGAUAUCCUGGCAGAACAAACUCCUGAGAACAAGUUUGAGUGGGUAAGUAUUGUGUCAUUCUCCAUUUUCCUGAAUAACCUAUGUUUCAGAACCUUUUUAUGCGUUUGCUGACACAUUUUUCUGCUGUUUCAUGGAACUAUCUCUGCUCGUGGCAAAAUGUUAUAGGCUAAGGUAUGAAUGAUCCUUGGUAUGCUAUUUUACAACAUUCAUAUGAGAUAUUGGAAGAACUGGGUCAUAAACACUCAGAGGGCCUCGGUUUACUAGAUUAGCUUAAGAGAACCAGAUAAAAUAUUUAUGCAUUCUGUUUCUUUUUUUUCUUCUUCUUCUAUCUAAUGUCAACCUUUUCUUCUCUGCAGAGGUUGCUUGCUAGGUAUGGUUCACAGAUAUCUGUCAUUACCCUUAUUGCUCUCUUUGUGUACUUGCUGAUUACUCCCUCAAAAUCAAGUGCUGCAAAAGCUAGCAAGAAGAAGCGCUAAGCAUUUGAGCUUAAGAACUAUAGCAAUAGCCUCCCUGUGGUUUAUCUACCUCCAGAUGUUGGUAGUAAAAACAGUUGUAGAACAAUUGUUAUUGGCAUCUCCAAUUUAGGUGACUGCUGAGUCAGUGCUAAACACAACCAACGGAUUCUUACUUCUUAGGUCCCAUCUCAGUCUUACACACUUUAUAUAAUCGAUGGUUGCCCGUCGGUUUUGAAAUUUGAUUAUUUUGGCCUUGAAUGCUUGGAUUUAAAAUUAUUCAUCUCUUUUCUAUUGUAUCUUGAAUACUUGAAUCUGAGGGAGGAUGGAAGGAGUUGAGAUUGAGCGAUGGAAAUCAAAGAGCAUACGGUUUGGAUUAAGUCUUUAUUCUACAGCCUGGGAUAAAUGAGAGAACCCGUUGGAAAUGAGGUUUUUCCCUUUUUUUUUUUUUUUGGCAGGAGAGGAAAAUGAAAUUAAAAUGAGUAC